GCCCCGGCCGCGCUCUCUAGGACCUGCGAUGAGUUUGCCCGCCGGAGUCGGUCUCAGCGCCUGCGCGCAGGGAGGCGGCCGAGCCUCUUAUCCCCAUGGAGAGCACCGAGGCCGAGCCGAGCGAUAGCCGCCCGGAGGAGGAGGACGGCGCGGCGCCCUGCAGCGGCCUCCCGCCUCUGGAGCAGCCCGGAGCCACGAUGGAGGAUUGUUUGGCGAAAAAAAUGGAAAUCACUGUUUCGGAAGCUGAGAAACGGACUGGGAGGAAUGCCAUGAACAUGCAAGAAACAUACACUGCUUACCUCAUUGAGACAAGAGCUGUUGAGUCCCAGAGUGAGGGACAGUGUGCUCCAGUGGACUCCCUGUGGAGACGUUACAGUGAAUUCGAGUUGUUGAGGAAUUAUUUGUCAGUCACCUACCCACAUAUUGUUGUUCCACCUUUGCCAGAAAAAAGGGCUGACUUUGUUUGGCAUAAGCUAUCAGCAGAUAACAUGGAUCCAGAUUUUGUGGAAAGAAGAAGAAUCGGUUUGGAAAACUUCUUGUUACGUGUGGCUUCACAUCCUGUUCUUUGCCAAGACAAAAUCUUCUAUUCAUUUUUAACCCAGGAAGGUGGUUGGAAAGAAAUGGUGAAUGAGACUGGGUUUCAGUUAAAGGCAGAUUCCAGAUUAAAAGCUCUUAAUGCAACAUUCAGAGUGAAAAACCCAGACAAGAGAUUCACUGAGCUAAAACACUAUAGCGAUGAACUGCAGUCUGUCAUAUCACACCUUCUGCGAGUCAGAGCUAGGGUAGCAGACCGGCUAUAUGGUGUCUAUAAAGUCCAUGGCAACUAUGGAAGAGUAUUCAGUGAGUGGAGCGCAAUAGAAAAGGAGAUGGGGGAUGGGUUGCAGAGUGCUGGCCACCACAUGGAUGUAUAUGCAGCUUCUAUUGAUGACAUACUGGAAGAGGAGGAGCACUAUGCAGAUCAACUGAAAGAAUAUCUCUUCUAUGCAGAAGCACUACGGGCAGUUUGCAGGAAGCACGAGCUAAUGCAGUAUGACUUGGAAAUGGCUGCACAGGACCUAACAUCUAAGAAACAGCAGUGUGAGGAGCUGGCAACAGGAACGGUGAGAACUUUCUCCCUGAAAGGGAUGACCAGCAAGCUCUUUGGGCAGGAAACCCCUGAGCAGAGGGAAGCCAAGAUAAAGAUUCUAGAAGAGCAGAUACAGGAAGGAGAAGAACAACUUAAAUCUAAAAACCUGGAGGGCAGAGACUUUGUGAAGAGUGCCUGGGCUGACAUUGAGCGGUUCAAAGAGCAGAAGAACCAUGACUUGAAGGAGGCACUUAUAAGCUACGCUGUCAUGCAGAUUAGCAUGUGCAAAAAGGGAAUUCAGGUUUGGACAAAUGCAAAGGAAUGCUUCAGCAAGAUGUGAUUAUCUGGAGAUGAAUUCCCCCUCCAAGUGCCAGAGAAUGGAAGCACAAAUGUCCACCACCAAUGUUAAGUUGCUACAUGACAUACAUACAAAUUCUGAAAUAAAUGAGUUGAGUGACUAGGUUUCUUUUCUGCUGAUUGUAAUUGUUAACAAAGGACAAAAAGGACAUGUCAUUAAAUGUUUAGCCCUGACUGCCACUUCUGUGGCACAUUUUAUAUGUGGUAGCAAAUAAUUCAGGGGUAAAAGUUAUUGAAAACUCCAGCUCUGUAUUGGGGCAAAGGUAUGGGGAAAGUGAUCCCAGAAAGUAUGACCUGAACUGUUCUGAGACUUGUGAAACACCAUGCUCUGUAAUGUGUAGAUCACUUCCAGAUGCCCUUUUUUUUCAGCCCAUGCUGUUUAGAAUCUUUAAUGCUCAAGGGUGCUUUGGUUUUGUAAUGGGACACACAUUUGUGUUGUUGAGGUCUACACCCUAAGAGGACAAAAAAUGAAAUGUUGUCACACCUGGGGUCCAUAUUUAAAUGCCUUUGCAUGUCCACAGAGAAAUGUGCUUUUCCAGAGUUCAGAUUAAGCAGUCUCAAGCUCCUGAGAUGUUUGAAACUCUCUACAGUAGAGGUGUUGUACAACAGUUUGAUACAACAUUCUGCAUUUACCGGUUCCCACUUCAGUUUUGAUAUGGGCAUUGAUUUCUUAUCAAACUUCUUGGAAGUGAAGGGGACUGGUGAUCCAGCUGAGCAGCAAAACCAAAGUCAAAGCUGCUAAGAAGCAGAUGCAACUUCAAUUUGGCUGUUUGGAACCUGUUUACGUGUGAUGGUGGGAAUCUGGCCUGCAGUACCUCUCCUGGUAACUGUGAAGCAGUGUGAUUCUGAAAGGAAUGUGUCAGCAUCUUCCUUAAGAGCUAAAAAAACCUGGUGCAACUUCUGUAGUGCUUAAGAACAGUGAUGUGCAGAAUCCCCAAUGAACCAAGGUGUCUGUCUGGCUCUCGUAUGGUGUUUCUCUCUGUGUGUGUGUGUGUGUAUAUAUAUGUGCAUAUAUAUACAUCAGUAGAACAUGAUUUGCAGUCACAGGUACUUGCAUUAAUUCUUUCCAGUUAAGAAAAACACUUUCCACUGUCUGAUACUGGGCUUUUUCUACGUACUUUCUUAAAGUUCCUGGAGUCUUGUGGAAUUUGUCAGGUUGCUAGUCCUAAAGGAAGCUUUGGAAUAUUCUGUUGCAAAGUGUAUUUAAUUACUCUGGAUUGUAACACUACUCAGAUUUGGUUUAUGAUGUGUUUUUAAGAGACAUUCCAACACGAAGCCCUUCUUUUGAGAAGUUAUCUAAACAUAGUUACUGAGCUGUCCCACGUUACUUUUUGUCUCUGCAGCAUUUUGUUUCCAUAAACCUAUUGUAAAGAAUUGGUAGGCCUGGUGUACACUACAGCUUAAAACUCUGAAGUAAAAUGCUGGUCACUGAUAACCUGCGUUGGCUUUCUCCAAGCAUGCGACAGUGGCACUCCUGUCUGAGAGAUAAUGGCCGGCAGAAAGAGGUCUCUCCACUGAACACUUACAAGGAGAAGCAUUGUUCCCUAAGGAGGUUGCACAAUACAGGCUGAAGGACUCUUUACAUUCCAAACCAAGAAGUUGCACACUUGAUGUAUUCAGUAAACCUUCUAAAGGAGUGGUGCCUUAAUACAAUCCCGUGAGGCGCUCAGAGUAGGUAUUUUUCAUGCACUUUGAUUUUUUUGGUAGAUCUUUCUGGUGCCUCUUUCCACAUUUCACUUACUGUACAGCUUAUUAAAUGUAUUAGUCUGCUUGGGUUUGGUUUUUUUUCCUUGCUUAGUUGUACUAAAUUUAAGAAGGGAACAAAAUGAUUCUUGUAAGUUUUGUGCCAAA